AAUUAUUUAAGCUAAAAAUAAUGUUAGGUUUGUAGCGCUGAUGGGGGAAGGGGAGGGGCAUCCCCCGUCGUCCUAUCACAGCUCUCCCGUUUGCUUACGUCAACACCCGGAAGUGGCUGUGUAUUUUGUUUUGUUUUGGUUGCGGGAGUUGGGUUGACGGCAGGCGAGCAGUGAGAGGUCCGCCCAGGGCAGACCCGCUCGCGCAUGGGGAGAGCCACAUAGGGGAUGGAAGAUGACUCACCGGUUGCUCGAGCUUGUACCAUGCCGAGGUUUAUCAGCGGUUAUGACGACGCGAGGAAGAAAUUGUCCCGCAACUUACCAACAGAAACUUCCUUUAGGGACGUCAAAGUUAAGCGGCAGGUGAGGUCGUCGAGCGUCCGAGUCAGUAGGUCAAGCUCCCGGUUGUGUCUCGAUGAGGACGACGGGGACCCGGAGGAGAGGAGCCGCAGAGAGGUGAAGGAUACGGAGGGCAACAACAACAACAACUGCAACGGCGUAGGAAGAGCGAGGAGGAGGGCGAGCGCUGUCGAAAUACCGAGGAGGAAUUUGGGGGAUUUUAAACAACGUCCGGCCCUUCUAGGUGCACACAGUCGGAUGCAGCGCGACGCCGAACAAGGAAGCGCGAAAACCGACAUUACAGCUGAGAGUGGAGCUGAAAAUGAGGAGUGUAAAAACUCAGACGGGGAAACGAGACAACCUGGCUCUAAAAACGAACAGACCUCGAGCGACUUGACUUCUAUUGUGCGGAGAGUUGAGAGUGUGACAGCGGAGUGCCAGCAUGCAUGCGACAGCGGCAGCAACGCAGUCACUUCUUCAGGGGAGCCCUUUAAGGCCAAAGAGCACGUCUACUGCACUGUUUACUGCAUCGAGAACGACCGUCAUCAAGCACGCGCUGAAAGCACGGACCGCCGCGGUGACGCCACGCAGAUUGACCUGGAAACGGGACAGGUGGCCAGCCCGAGCCCGGAGCCGGAGCUCUACUCGCUGGACGACCUGGUGGACCCGUUCGAGGACAUCUCCCAGUGGCUGUACAGGGAGCAGGUCGAGGCGGGCACGUUGAUGCAGAAUUGCCGGGUGUGUCUGGAGGAGAAAUCUAUCGCUUCCCUGCCUUGCUGCGGGAAGGCCGUGUGUGACGCGUGUCUGAAGCUCUACGUCAGCUCCCAGGUGAGGCUGGGAAAACACCUCAUUAGCUGUCCCAUUCCGGAGUGUAGUGGCACCCUGGAGGAGAAGUUGGUGCUUUCCCAUUUGACCACUGAAGACGUGGCCAAAUACCAAUACUUUUUAGAACUGAGUCAGCUGGACUCCAGCACCAAACCGUGUCCACAGUGCAGCAAGUUCACGUCACUGAAGACACACAACCCCAACCGGUCCGAGUCCAAGUUCAAGAUCCAGUGUAGCAAUUGCCAGUUUGUUUGGUGCUUCAAAUGCCACGCGCCCUGGCACGAUGGAAUCAAGUGCAGAGACUACAGGAAAGGAGACAAGCUGCUACGAAGCUGGGCAAGCGUCAUCGAGCACGGGCAGAGAAACGCACAGAAGUGUCCACGAUGCAAGAUCCAUAUUCAGCGAACAGAGGGAUGUGAUCACAUGACUUGUGCCCAGUGUAAUACUAACUUCUGCUACCGCUGUGGAGAACGCUACCGGCACCUCAGGUUUUUUGGCAACCAUGCAUCAAAUCUCAGCGUGUUUGGCUGCAAGUAUCGCUAUCUACCCGAUAAACCUCACCUAAGACGACUAAUUCGAGGAUCUGUUUGUGCCACUAAGGUGCUGAUAGCUCCAGUGGUCAUUCUGCUGGUCAUUGUUGUUGGAGCGCUUGCACUGGUGAUAGGUUUGGUUGCUUUUCCUGUCUACUACGUGUGCAAGAGAAAGAAGAAGCAGCGAACUCGAGGCUCUGUACGCUGGAUCUGACUUCCUCUUCUCCCAGAUGACGGACACAUCUCCUCAGGGAAAGACAUUUCCACCUUGAGACAGGAGGAAAUUCAGAGCGAAAAGAGAAAAUUGUCAGUUAGCUGUUGUCUUUCAGCGGAGGAACAUAGCUAUAAAGAGGCUUGGAUGGUUGCACAUUUAUAAUGUAUUUAUAUUGCAUGGGACACUAUGCUAGAGGGAACGAAUGUUGGCAUGCUGGAAGUGGAAGAGGAGUUGAGUUUGGUUACGCAGUGAAAAGGGACUUAAUGAAUCCCUAAAAUUUCUCUCUAAACUGCACCUGGGUGUCCACUUUUUUGUGAUUUACAUUUAUCAAUAGUGCAGAACAUGAAUAUUCGGCUCCCUGAGAGACUAAAUGGUCACCAGUCAGCACCAGUUAGAGGUUGCUGGAGUGAUGGGUAAUUGAAUUCACGAGGGCGACCGGAAUUGCUGGCUGCUGGGAGACAUGGACAGCCAUGGCAGCGCCGUCCAGGUGCAUGUCCUGAAAGAAGGCUUUUCUGUCUUGCAUACAGUGUUUGUGCCACACACAAAAAACAUAUUUCAUCAAAUUGUGGUGAAGAUCUUAGUUCUCAUAUUGACUUGUAUUUUUUUCAAGCAGAUACUCUGCUUUUGUUGUGGGAAAAAGUUUCCACUGCGUUUAGAGUCACACACUGGGGUGUGAGGUUCUGACCUGGAUCUCAAAUUCUUGCCAGAAGGCUUAAAAAAGGUUGGGCGUGUGCCCCAAACGCCAACCUUUAAUCCACUGACAUUUCUACAUGAUAUGUUCGUUUCAGCGACAGAAGUUUUUAGCUCUUAGUCUCGUUUUCUGUGUUGGUUUUUCAACACGCUUUGCUCUUCACUCUAGCCGUCUGUUUAGGGAAACUGAAGGUGUUAGCACCGGUGCUGCUUUUGCACAUCAUCUAUGGAGCCUGUUGCAGAAAUGGACCGAUGAAUCAGAUAUGUGGAAUGUAGAAUUCCUGGCGAACUCGGGUGAACUCUGCCUUUGCCCUGAAGUAGCUGGGAUUGUAUCCAGCAACCCCGUGAUCCUGCACAGGACUAAGCUGGUAUAGAAGAUAGAUGGAAUGUAGAAUGUGUUAGAGAAAUAUACCCUGUAGUUUUGUAUUAAAAAAAGAAAAGAUAAACAUACCUCCUUUCAUUAAUGGAUUAUAUUUUUUUCUCUACAAGGUUAAACUGUUACUCAAAUGACCAUUUCAAGACCAGCUUGCACUAAAAUACAGGGUUAGAUUUCUUUUUCUUGUUUUUAUAGUUUCAUAGAGUUUAAACGUGAAGCAGAGUUUCCAUAAUACUUUUGAGAACAGGUGCAUGUGAGAGGUCUUCUGGCUUAUGCCCUUUUUUUUCCUCCUCAUCUUUCCUCGUCUCUUUUCAUCCCGUGCCUGCCUACAGAUGUCUGCGCAGACCGAUUCCGUUAUAAGUGGAGCUAGAGAGUCAACGAUGAAAAUUCAUAAACCCCGGCUCCCAAAGUGAUGCUACAAAAUGAUGCUCAGACUGAAUUCUCUUGAGCUUCUGAUAUGCAAAACAAACCAAAGCUGCCAGGUUCUCAAAUCAGCCGCAGAGUUUUUAUGUUGAUUGGAUUUUACAUGGAGUAAUCUGUCUUUUGUUUGAGCUUUCCCUCAAUGAGGAAUUUCUGAAAAGCCAAAAAUGUGCUUAAGCACAAUGGAGCAGAGAGGAGUCAGUUUGUUACGGUGUGCAAACGCAUAGAAGAAAGAGAAAUAAUGAAGAUUGGCAGCGUUGAGUGGGCGCCUCUACAUUUCCAGUGGCUGCCGGUGGAAUAAAUGUUUCAGCACAUUUCAUAGCUGAAGGAUUAGUGACCUGAAGGAAAAGCAGGGUUUCUGCGUACUGAGAUUUAGCAGUGGAACCAUUUGUUAGGCUUUAUCCAGGGGAUCUAAAAUAUUUCCUGCAUCUGAGAGUCAAUAAAUACACUGUACACAUAAGGCUCAAAAAGGACAUUGCAGACAUUAUUGUUACAGAGGAAUUACAGGCGCCGUUAAAGGUCCCCACUCUGGGUUUAACCCACUCUCAGGGAGUUUGUUUUCCGUUUCAUAUACCCAGAGCUCUCCAUCUACAUAUGCUGUGCCAAAGAAGUCACUGAGCAGAACUGCAGAUUCAGAAACGCUUGCUGAUGGGUUUGCCUGCAGCUGCCUAGCAACUGCACAGAAUUCCAGGCGGCCAGAGCACUGUUGUGUCAAAAGAGAUCAAAAAUGUUUUAGAGUGGCCAACACCGUCUGUGUAUCCCUGCAUGACUCAGCUGGGCUGUGAAUGCGGCACUGAACCAGGGAUUAAAAGUGGGACUCAAAAGCUUUUUUUUUUUUUUUUAAAGGACUUCAAAAAUGGUUUUAGGGAAACUGAAUGUCUAAGUUAUACUCUGAAUAAAAUUCUGAAAUGUAUAUGAUUGUGAUCUAGACCUUCACUGACCUAUUUAGCUACUGAUUUUUUAUUUUCUAAGUGUGCAAAUUAUGUGAUAAAAGAAGUUUUAGAAGUCUUUGUAGCAUAAUUUGAUCCUUAAUUUUUCUAAAAAUGUAAUAAAUUACAUUAUUUGCCAAAAUGUUUAAGAAAGCCGGUCUUGAUUAACAAACAUGUUGACUUUUAUUUUGAAGUCUUUUUGGAGAUUUUUAGGGUUACCCCCAUUCUGCAUAUUUCACCUUCAUUUAAUAGCUGUGUGGCUUUAGAUCUGUGCCUUAAGUGCAACUGCAGGUAUGUGUUUUACAGCUUUUCAUGGCCGCUAAGAAGAACAGGAUUUUAUCACAGCUUGACCUUUCACCUGAUCCAUUUAACAAAGACCAAAAAAACCCUACACAAAAUUUAUAAAUCAUAAUAGUACCCCUAAAAACUGCAUGUAACUAUUGUCCAAAAAUAUCUCUCCCACUGCACACACUGUAAAUUCAGGUCUCUUGAAACUGUUUGACAUGUUGCAGUCCUGACUGUAAGCUGCAUCCCAAAUAUGCUUGUAAUUUUGCACAUGUGUAACAGUUGUGUCACUUUAUUUUGGUUUCUACUAGCCACAGUUGCAAUGUAAGCCCUGGUUCCACCAUUAGAUGCACACUUAAGGCUUCUGUUGUCCCUGUUAAGGAGGUGAUGAAAACAAUCAUGUUUGAUUUACAGUAACACUGGACAUUUAUCGCUGCGGAAACGACCUUAAUAGUGGUUUUGGUAUCACUAUCAGGAUAGCCUGUCCUUUUGCCGCACAAGAUUGUUUCACAGUGACAUGUUUGUGUAAACAUGCACCGCUUACUUUCCAGGUACCUCCUUACAGAGUAAUUUAAUACCGCUCGGUUAGUAACCUCCUUGUUUGUAUGUGCUCCAUCACCUCCAGGGAGCCUGUUCACACUACAGAGACUCACAGCAGCAGGCACAAACACUGUUGUACCUGAGGAUUUAAUGGAAAAUAAACUGAAACAAUGCCAACAUACCA